UUAGAAUCUCUCGACAAGACAUUGUGUGCCUCUUCAUUACUUGAUACGGCCCAUACACCAUGUAAUGUCACUACUAGUGGAGUAACAACAACAAACAUACCACAUACAACGCCAUCAUAUAGCUUUUCCUUCCAAAAUUUAAUUGAAGCAAUUAUUCUAUAGCUACAUGUGUGAAAUGAGUUCCUUCACCAUGAUCUCCUUUGUUAUCCCAUUAUCCUCAAAUAAUACAAUUCCACUCUUCAUUUCACUUUACUUCAAUUAGCUAGUGUCACGAACUUGCAUAUAGUUGCACAUACUUGUUAAUACACAACUUUAUAAUAUAGUGUCGAUCCUCUAAUAGAAAAGAAGAGCUAUGGCGUGGAAUCCACCUCGCCGUCACCACCUCAGUGACGCGACACCACCCACCGCUGCAACACCAUACGGAAGCAAGCCUCGUGUCGUAGGAGAUGUCGACAUCGAUGCUAACAUGGUGAUCAUCCUAGCAGUUUUGCUAUUUGCAUUGUUAUGUGCUCUUGGCUUGAACUCGGUUGUCCGAUGUGCACUCCGAUGUACAGGCCGACAUGACCACAACCACAACCACAACCACAGCGAUGUAGGGGCCCUCGGUGGAGUCUACGUAAGCGCGGCCACUCGAGGGCUUAAAAGGAGCACCAUAAGGCAAAUCCCAACAACACUUUACCAUAUUACUUCAAGUGGUAGGACGAUCAACAAUGUUAUGUCCACGGAAUGCAUGAUAUGCUUAGGGGAGUUUAUAGAAGGAGAAAAUAUAAAGGUGUUACCAAAAUGCAAACAUGGGUUUCAUAGUAAGUGUAUUGAUACUUGGUUGCUAUCUCAUUCUACGUGUCCUACGUGCCGGCAAUCUUUAUCAGAAUGGGCAAGAAAUGGUGCUAUUCUGGUGUCAAUAGGACAAGGAAAUGGUACAAAUUUCUCUACUAAUGAGGUAAGUAAUGGUGAUGAUGGAGCACAAAGGCACUAAAGAGAGGGGGGGGAGUAUGGCAAUCUUGCCCAAUCUCAAGAGACAUGAUGGGUAAAUUAAAACUGUGAGUUUAAGGUCCGUUUGGUAUCACUGUCAGUUUUCAGUUUUUGAAUUUUAGAAUCAUAUGAUAUAAGUAGUAUUAUAUACUUAAACUUGGUCAUAAUGAUAGUAAUCAUGCUAAUUUUGAAAACUGACAACUAAAACUGGAAACUACUUUUUCUGGUUUUCAUAUUAUAAUUUUUGGUUUUCAAAAAAACUGAAAACAGAAAACGAUAACGAACGGACCCUUAGUUAGUGGUUUUAUAUGAAUGAACCGCUAAGAUUCAAUCUUUAUGUCUCUUAAAUAAGAUUAUUGGGCAAUUUUCUCAAUCUCAGACCGUGGACAAGAGUUUCCUAAUUGAUAUGAGUAAAUUGGAAUAUUUUCGUGAGAAACAACUCAGACAAGUACUCUAACGUACCAUAAUAUUGCUCGAUUGUCUUGACAUAAUACUGAAUUUUUUUUUUUUUUUUUUUUGAUUAGCUACGUAUACUGUGUAAAUGUAUUAGAUUGUAACACCAUGUACAUAUUAACAUAUAAAUGUAUUUAUACCUCUUCUCUA